AAGUAUUGAAAAGACAAAAACAUGUAUUUACAGGGACAGGAAGGAAUGGGCAGAUAUUGAACCUGUCCCUCAAAAUGAUGGGCCAAAUCCUGUUGUUCAGAUCAUCUACAGUGAAAAAUUUCGAGAUGUCUAUGAUUACUUCCGGGCUGUUCUGCAGCGGGAUGAGAGAAGUGAAAGAGCUUUCAAGCUAACAGCAGAUGCCAUUGAGUUAAAUGCUGCAAACUACACAGUAUGGCAUUUCCGGAGAGUCCUCCUGCAGUCUUUGGGAAAGGAUCUCCAUGAGGAACUUAAGUACAUUACAGCUAUCAUUGAAGAUCAGCCAAAGAACUACCAAGUCUGGCAUCACAGACGGGUGUUGGUGGAGUGGCUGCAGGAUCCAUCCCAAGAGCUUGAGUUCAUAGCUGACAUUCUUAACCAAGAUGCCAAAAAUUACCAUGCGUGGCAACACAGACAAUGGGUUAUUCAGGAGUUCAAAUUAUGGGACAAUGAGCUGGAAUACGUAGACCAGCUUUUGAGGGAAGAUGUGAGAAACAACUCUGUUUGGAACCAACGACACUUCGUAAUUUUCAAUACCACUGGCUAUGAUGAUCCAGCAGUCCUAGACAGAGAAGUCCAAUACACUCUUGAGAUGAUCACAGCAGUGCCACACAAUGAGAGCGCUUGGAACUAUUUAAAGGGGAUUCUACAGGAUCGUGGUCUUUCUAAGUAUCCAAAUCUGUUAGAGCAACUGUUGAAUUUACAGCCCAGCCACAGUUCACCCUAUCUCAUUGCCUUUCUUGUGGACAUAUAUGAAGAUAUGCUUGAAAACCAGUGUGAUAACAAGGAAGAAACACUAAACAAGGCAUUGGAGCUGUGUGAAAUUCUGGCUAAAGAAAAAGACACCAUCCGAAAGGAAUACUGGAGAUAUAUUGGAAGGUCCCUUAAGAACAAGCACAGCUCAGGCACUGAACAGAGCACACUGACAGACAAGCAGCAGUAACUGAACAUGGAAGAUAACAGCGUUAAGCUCUCAAGCUGUUCUAAAGCAGUACUGAGUAGGUCAUCAACUAGUUUAAAAUCCAGUGUAGUAUUCCCCUGGUGAAGAGGUAUUGCAAUGAAAGAGGAGUGCAGAGUGCUGUAUGGUCUCGGGUCACUGCUGCUACUGGGGAUAGCUCUAGGUGCAGUCAAGAAAUGUAUUAAGGCUUAAUUAUUGAAAUGUAUUACAUAAAGGGUUUAUUUCCUAAUAAUAAAUACAUAAAGCUAUACCUACUACUUAUAAGGCAGUAAACCAAUU